AUGGAGGGAGCGAGAGGAGCCGUGGUGAUAGACGUCCUAGAGGAGGCGAAUGACAACAAGCUACUACAGCUGGAACAACGGGUGAAUGAAUUGAAAGGCGUCACGGGGAUCUUGAAAGACGAGAUUGAUGAAGGCAACUCAACCCUCGGUAAUCUGACAACGGAAAUGUAUAAUGCAGCCUCCAAGGUGAAACAGACUCUUAAGCGCAUGGCCUUCCUAGGAUCUUAUAGGGUAUGUUCUACCCCACGCUACGUUCUAUCGCACGCUACGUUCCAUACGCUCUUCUUCCCUGCACCCUAUCCUAUGGCCGGUUUCCCACGUUAUUCUGUCCCCUUCCUAUCCCUCCCCUUCCUAUCCCUCCCCUUCCUAUCCCUCCCCUUCCUAUCCCUCCCCUUCCUAUCCCUCCCCUUCCUAUCCCCUCGAGAAGUGAAAAGACGGCUGGACUGUCAUUGUAGACCACUGGACAUCUUUGGCUGCUGGCUGGCUUUAUUGGAGUAG